ACUCCUUUCCCGUAGUACUUCUGGGAGGGAAAAAAACAUCUUGAAGCUGCGCGUGCGCAUAAGAAAGCAAGGAGAAGAAGAUGGCAGACGUUUCUUUGGAUGAAGUCAUACGUCGGCGCGGUAUUAACCUCAAAGUUCCUGUGAAACGGCCUGCGUUUGGAUGGGGUCCAGGGGGAGAUGGCAAAAAUUUUGACGCCAGACAAAAAAUUGGAACGAGUGACGUAAGACAGCGGCUUGGAGUGGGAACAACGAAGGGUUUUCAAGUAAAAGAUGCCAGAGAAAAACUUGUUCAAAAAGACGCCCGGUUUAAAAUUCGUGGUAGGGGAGGAGCGUCGGCUGUGCAGGACGCCCGGCAGAUGAUCACCUCACGCAAGCAGGGCCAGACGCUGCCCAGUGUCCCUCCACAAACGACACUAAAAGCAGUGAUCACGCAGCAGCUGCAGAGCAAAACUCUGGUUCCUCCCAUACAGAUACAAACCAUCAGUAAUUUUUCUGGCAUCAAUGCGCGGCAGUUCAGCUCUGCUGUACAAGGACUGAGUGCACGAGGCGUCGUUACACCGCAGCUGAGCAAUAAUGGGAGAGUAAUGGACGCCCGGGACAGGCUGAGCCUCAAGAGGAGCCUUGGUGGAACACCGACACAAGCAGCCAUUGCUCCACCUCUAAAAAUUACCAAGACCAUACAGCAACGACCUCUAGGGAUGUCAAGUGGAAUACGUGCAGCCUCACAGCCUGACCUGAAUGAGAUGGAUGGGACUCCCAGCAAACAAAUAAAGAUCACAACUGCCAACAACAUGCUGCAAUCACGGUCUGGUACUGUGGGGUCCACAUUCUCCAUGUCGGCCCCGAUCACCAAGGUGGUUAAAAACGAUGCGUACACGGCUCCGCGGCCUCCUGUCCCCGUGGCUCCCACUCGGCCGAACGCCAGCGCGGCCACAGCACGCGCCUCCGCCGCAGCGCUGCAGCCAGUCUCCAGGACUCUUCAGCAAAGCGCAGCAGAGACCAGCACCACAGCGCCAACCCCUCCACAGCCCGCCUUCAGCCCCCUGGAAGGCACCAAAAUAACCGUGAACAACCUGCACCCUCGGGUCACAGAGGAAGACAUAGUGGAGCUGUUCUGUGUGUGCGGUGCCUUGAAACGAGCGCGGCUAGUCAAGGUGGGCGUCGCUGAGGUGGUGUUUGUGCGUAAAGAAGAUGCCGUGAGUGCUUACAGGAAGUACAACAAUCGCUGCUUGGAUGGUCAACCUAUGAAGUGUAACCUUCAUAUUCAGGGAAAUGUGAUCACUUCUGAUCAACCUAUUCUGCUGAGACUGAGCGACACUCCCGGGACGGGCAGCAGCACAAAGAAAGACGGCUUGCCCCCCUCUCUGUCCCGCACCGGCCAGAGAUCCUCGUCUCAGCCCACUCCAGAAGUGGACCCCCAGACCAUUCUCAAAGCUUUGUUCAAGUCCAACGCGCAGUCCACCACCACCACCACCUCUGAAGCCCCCAGUUCACAGACCACCGCCUUCCGCAUUAAGAUAUAGCUCACCUGUAAAACUGUAUUUGUUUGCUUUUCUCAAUGUGGACUUUUGAAACAAUAUUUUAUUUCCUUCAGGAGUCCACAUUCUUUCAUGAUAGUGAACAAAUAUUAGCUGAGGCUGUGGAGAAUGUGAAAUUCUUUGUUUUUGUGGGGACAAAUGUCACCUAUUUCCGAUGUGGUUGUGAUGUUUUAUUCAGUUUGGUAAACAGGAGGAAGGAAAAUGUCCAUUUUUGUUCUUUUUUAACAUUACUUUCAGACAAAAACAAGUGUAAAGUCAAAGUUAAGGCAUGUUAAUCUGAUAUCUGAGUGGAAUCGUCAUCAUUGAUUAACGUAACGUUUACAUUUAAACUGCCACACAGGUGUUUUUAAUGGCAUUAUCAGGAUCUGUCAGUUAAGUUUCCCGUGAAAUCGUCCCCUCGUCGUGAGUUUAGUUGAAGCCUGAAUUAGAUUUUGUUCCAGAAAAAAAGAUAUUUCAUGUUAUAGAAAGUCCGCAGACAGUACUGUGAGGUUUCCUGGGUCUUUCAGCUCUUGUGGCACGCAGUGCUGUUUGUUACUGUUCUUUCUCUGAACGCAUCAUUUGGUGUUUGUAUGUUCCCCUGGUUUUGGACUGUACACUUCUUUCAGUUGCUUUCUUUUGCCUCUCAGCAAGAGUAGAAAGCUGUCACAUCUCUAACAUGGCGCCAAUAAAUAGAAAGCUUUGUAUGUGUU